AUGGCGAAGCAAUCGGUCAGAAUGGCCAGUAAACUUCUUUGGGCGGUGGAAAAUGGCGAUUUGGAUGUGGUACGCGAGAAUGUGAACCGUAAGAACGUAGAUGAUGUAGUGAAGGCCGGGCGAAACUCGAUGCACAUGGCCUGUGAUUAUGGGCAACUCGAGGUCGUGAAGUACUUGAUCGAAAAUGGAGGAAAUGUCAAUCUAGCUGACCAGCACGGUAUCACCCCGCUCCUCUACGCCAUUUGGGAGAACCACAUCGAAGUGGCCAAGCUUUUGAUGGCAAAGGGCGCCAACCGGAACGUGAAAUCCCCGUUGAACGAGCCGUUGCUUGACUGUGCCACCAGCGACGAGAUGAAAGAUUUGCUCCGGAAAUUCAUGACGAAUGAUCAAAUCCUGGAUUAUUGGCCGGCUUCUGCGCGCUUGACGAAGGCCCUAGGGGAAAAUAGAACCGAAAGAAUACAAUGGACGUUACCCGGGAUAAAGCAAGGCUUCAAAACGGACGAGAUUCCGCAAGAUGCCGGGGAAUCUCUACAGAAAAUUAACACCGCACCCACGGAACGAGAGCUGAUUGAUGGUUUAUUGGGAUUAAUUAAAAAGUGCUACCUGGAGCUGGCACUUUGGCAAACUUCCGAGAUCCUAGCCAAAAAUGGGCACGGUUUAGGCACUGUUGGGCAGCCAAAAACCACGAAGGCUUUUGUGUACAAGAUCUGGUCCGUGCGGUUUCAACUUCUUUGGGGGUUGAAAAAGUACACCGAAUUGGCAGAUGAAAUGCAACCUUUUGAAGAGUUAGAUGCCCCAGAUUUGUAUUAUCAAUAUUUUGCUGAUAAUGCGGGAAGAAUAGGCUCUAUGGUACCUUUUGCCUUCCGGUUAAUCCACUCCGAGAUACUCCGAUUUACGCCCUACCCUUGGAAUUCGAUGCCGCGGAUAUCGGCGCUGGAGGAGGACGUUGAAAAGAUCCUGAACGAAUAUGCACGAACCGAAAAUCUUGAAGCCUACAAAAUUUGGAAGAAGCGGAAGAACUUAGUGUUGAUGGUGAAGUGUAGGACGCUGUACCAUUUAGGUAGCUAUCAAAAUGCGAUGGGCGCCGCGAGGCAAUUGAGUGAUGGCGCGGAUUCCGAUGAGGAAAAAGCGGAAGUCGAGCGAGCGAUUGUCAGAAUGGCAAUAGCGACCGGGGAUGAAAAAACGUUGGAAUCGGUGCUGGAGAAAGCUGUCGGGUUGUCGCAGAGUGAUGUCGUCUUUCAUAAAGCUCUUCGCGCCAUUUUUCACGGCAAUUUCGCGCACGCCAUGGAUCACUUGAAGAAGGCUGUAGACGCUGGCGACAAUCGUAAUAAGGUGCUGAACACCCUCGCCCUUUGCCACCUCUACAGCGGCAACCCAAAAGCUGGGAUCCAAUUUUUGGAAAAAAUCACUCACCCUUCAGAAAGUGCCAAAACAAACCUAACGAGUCUCACUGGAGUCUGCAGCUCAACUAUUGUAAAAUCACUUACUUCACCGCGCCUU